AUGACCAUCGUAAUUCUGUCCCAGGGAAACUGUGGCCUCUCUAGAUGUACUGGCCGCUAUCUGGUGUCCAUGGCAGUGGUGGAUUUGCUCGUCAUCAUCUUCUGUGUGAUCCUAAACUAUCUGGGAUCUUUCCAUUUCCCGGUCUCCUUCCUCAACCACUACUACGUCUGCAGUUUGAACAGCAUCAUGAAUGCAGCAGUGGUGGACAGCUCAGUCUGGCUUACUGUCGCCUUCACUUUUGAUCGCUUCGUGGCUGUCUGUUGUCCCAAGUGGAAGGUCCGAUACUGCACGGAAAGAACAGCAGUUUGGGUAAUCCUGACCAUCUGCACAGUGAGCUACCUGAGAAACAUCCCACGCUACUUCACUUAUGAACCUGAUCACAGUCGUGGACCAUUUCCCCUCUGCCGCCUCCGUAACCUGUGUACCAAAACCCCCUGGGCAACGUAUCUGUGGUCAGCCACCGUCUUUACGCCCCUCAUUCCUUACGCAUCCAUCUUACUGCUGAACGCUCUGACCGUCAGACACAUCCUGGUGGCUAGUCGUAUCCGCAAGGGAUUCCGGGGUCGAAGCCAUCAUGGGAAUGGUGGAGACCCAGAGAUGGAGAAUCGAAGGAGAUCCAUCAUCCUGCUCUUUGCCAUAUCAGGCAACUUCAUCGUGCUAUGGAUGACCAGGGUGGUGGAUUUUGUGUUCCAGGAGAUGUUGCUGAACUUGAGCUCAAUGCGUUUAGUCACCGACAUAGGGGAGAUGCUGAUGUAUCUGAGCUCCUGCACCAACACUUGCAUUUACACUCUCACACAGGCAAAGUUCAGGGAGGCAAUGAGGCGCAUGAUAACCCAUCCCAUUAUUCAUUGCCUGAAGUUCCUGAGAGGCUAG